AUUACAUCAUAUUGUAAGCGGGACGGAAUAAGGGGUGUUUCGGCCCGCAAGUAAUCAGUGAAAAUAGUAAAAUAAUAACGUUGUUUGUUCAUCCACACCACGGCUAAGGAGCACCUAUUAGGCACAAUGGCACCAGGAGAACCGAUGCCUAACCACCAUCAAAACGACAAAGAACCGGCGGCACCGUGUCGGACAUGCAUGGAUUUCAAAUCGUGGUCGAAGCAGCAACGAAAAACUCUCACCACCUCCAGCAGCAGUAGUGGGACGGGAAGCGUGACGAAAGGGGCCUCCGAAGUAGCGCACAGAAAAACGGCAACACCCGACGAUCAACUGGGAGGAUCGCCACCCAACUGCCCGAUUGAUAAGGAACAGCUGGGACGGUACACCUGGAGUUUGUUGCACACGGUGGCCGCAUACUACCCGACAAAUCCUAGCGAGGCGGAGGAAAAGAAUGUCCGAACGUUUUUCACCAGCUUUUCCAAACUAUACCCGUGCGAGUAUUGUGCGAAAGAUUUUCAGCAAGAGUUGAAAGAGAUACCACCGGAAACCAAAUCCCAACAUGCCCUAUCACAGUGGCUUUGUCGAAUACACAACCGCGUGAACGUAAAAUUGGGCAAGCCGGAAUUUGACUGUACGAAGGUGAAUGAACGAUGGCGAGACGGUUGGCUGGACGGUUCCUGUGAUUAAGGCAAUCGGUUUCGGAAUGCGUUAAAGAUAUACAAAAAUUAGACGUUAAUGUUUGUUUCCCUUCAUUUACAGUGAUACAUUUAAUAUUGUAUUCGUUUCUUAAUUCUAUUCGAUCAAUCGUACAGUAUCAUUUUCAACAACGA